UUGGGAGCAUUCUCUUUAUGCACGAGCUAGUAUAUAUAGGCAGAGGGACUAAUUGAAGGGAUGGUAUAUAAAUGGCAUAGGCCAUUGAGAGUGGAAGAGUGCAUAUAUAUAAUAUAUAAAUAGAAUAAACUAAUUAAGGGUUUGUGAUAAGAUGGGGAAAGGAAGAGCACCAUGUUGUGAUAAGACUCAAGUUAAGAGAGGUCCAUGGAGCCCUUCAGAAGAUCUUAAGCUCAUUGCUUUCAUCCAAAAAUAUGGCCAUGAAAAUUGGCGUGCUCUCCCAAAACAAGCAGGGCUUUUGCGCUGUGGAAAAAGUUGUCGUUUAAGAUGGAUCAAUUAUCUUAGGCCUGAUGUGAAGAGAGGUAAUUUUACACCAAAAGAAGAGGAAACCAUAAUAAGGCUACAUAAGGCCUUGGGAAACAAGUGGUCAAAGAUUGCAUCAAGUUUGCCUGGUAGGACUGACAAUGAAAUCAAGAAUGUGUGGAACACCCACUUAAAGAAAAGAUUGACUGCCAAAAAAUGUUCAGAUUCAAGUGCAGAUGAAUCCAAGCCAGAGUCAUCAAUAACUUCCUCCUCUUCUUCUUCAUCUGAAUCAUUUUUCUCAAAUGAGACACCGAAUUCACCGAAGACCACAACACUUGGUAAUGAAUUUAAUGACCAAGCAUCACAAGUGACAGAUAAAAUUGAGCAGGAUUCAGAUAAACAAGUAUCUAAUGAACUUAAUGGCAUCAUCACUAAGGAUCCAAAAGAGUCAUCAGUUUCUUUUUCAUCUAUUGGGUCAAAUAUUGUAACCACAAGCCAAAAUGUUGCAUACAAAGAAAAACAACAAUUGGCUUCUCCAUUAUCUUACCUAGGACCCUAUGAUUUUAGCAGUAUGUUAGAAGAGGUGGAUAAACCAAACCAUCUAUUUGAAAGACCCUGGGAAUCAGAUUUUGUUCUUUGGAAAAUCUUACGUGAUGAUAGCCUUGGAUCUUUCCAAUCAAAUGAAGUCCAAUUAGGUGAGUUCCUAGCCUGCCAAAACAGUAUUCUUGGAGAAGAGAUUGUUCAAGAUGUUGAAGCAAGGAAGUGGUUCCAUGAUUUUGAGGAUGAGUUUGGAAUUGUAGAUGAGAUAAAGGAGUCAAACAAUGAUCAUUUCCUGCCAAAGAAUUAUGCAGUUGAACCAGAAAUAGACCACACUCAGACAUUUGAUUUUGAUGACAUCACAAGACCAGAAUCUGAAUUAGACUUUGGUUAUAUUCAAUUAUGGUCAUCUUGGCCUCAAAAUACUAGUCUUUAGUUUAAUACAAACCACUAGUUGGAAAAGAAGUCCAUUUUAGAAUAGUGAAAUUGUGAUUUAUUUAGUAGGUACACUAACUAUGGUAAAUUAAUGAAGCAGAUCGGGUCGUUUUGAUAUAUGUGGGUUUCAUGUAUCCUCCACAAAAUCAAAUCAGAACAAGUUGUUGAUUGAAGCAUAAAUAUGCAGUAUAAUGUAUUGAAUGAAUUGUUGGUAAACAACAACUAUCACACUCACUGAAAGUGGGUAGGUGAUAUUCUCUACUUACUGCCACUAGUGAGACAUUUUUUCUUCAUUUCCCCACACCUUUGCAGAAUUGAAACAGCCUUGCAAGUACAAGACUUGCAUCGUAUUUACCAAGUCAAUUUCCGGUUGGAAAACAACUCUAGAGGAUUUUUGUGGGGAGACAGAGUUGAAAAAGAAAGUUAAUUAAUGGAGUGGUUUGGCCUAUUAUUUGUAAGCCAAAGAGAGAAGGUGGUAUUGGGUUACGCAGUACUCGUCAUAUGAAUUCUUCAUAUGUGAUGAAAAAUUGUUGGGAGCUGUGCAAGUGUUGAAAGCUACAUAUAAGGUUGUGUUUGAAUUGAAGGAUGAAUUUGGGAGAGUGGAAAAGGAAAGAUUUGAAGAGAAAGAAACUGGAAAGUGAGAUUGUUUGGAUUAAGGGAAAGAUAGUGGAAAGUGGGUGGAAAGUUUGUAAAAAUUUGUGUAGAAAUUAAUUGAUGUGAUAGAUAAAAAUA